GAUCAGAUCAGUCAGUUGCAUUCGAAAGGCCGUUAUAAGCGCACCCAUUACGCCUCGGUGCCGUACUGCCGUACGUAGUAAAUACGAUGUAUUGAAAAUUCUGAAAUAAAACUACGCAUUCAGGAUCGCAAAUUGAGUUUAUAGUGAAUUUCAAAAUGAAACUAUUAGUGUGUUGUGUGUUGCUCAUAGCGAAUAUAAGCGAUAACAGCAAGGCAUCUUUAGAGAGCUACACGCCCACAAGUACAAAUAUCCUUUUCGAAGACAUUACAAGGAAUGCAGACAAAUCCUGCAAUCGCCCGUGCAAAUUCAACGUGAAACCGCGAAGAUGUCAUUAUAAUUUCACCGUAGAACCAAUCGUAGGAGAUAAUGACAAGAUAGCUAUUUCUGUAAACGGAAUCACUCCGGGGCCUCCGAUUAAUGUUUGCGUCAAUGACGUCAUAGUCGUGGAAGUGAAGAACAAGAUACCAGACCAGGAUCUAACCAUACACUGGCACGGAGUCAACCAGAUGGGUACGCCGCAUAUGGACGGAGUGCCCAUGGUGACACAGUGCCCCAUUGCCUACGGAACCAGUUAUAAGUACGCUUUUAUCGCGUCAUCGCCAGGAACAUUUUUCUAUCACGCCGAUUCAGUGUCCCAUCAAAGCGACGGUGUGUAUGGGUCUCUGAUUGUGAACCAGCCGCAGCCGCAGGAGGCGCAUGCGGCCCUCUACGACUACGAUCGUAGUGAUGAAGGAACUCUGCUCAUCGCCGCUCAGUUUCCCACAUUGCUUUCAGCCUACCUCGAGGAUGUAGCUCAUAUACAACCGGACGCACUCACCGUCAAUGGCGAUGACGAAAACUUUAAAGUUUUUGUGUUGCAAGGUUAUGCGUACAGAUUACGACUCAUCAACGCCAUAGCAAUUGAAUGUCCGGUGAUAAUCCAGAUAGAACAGCACGAGAUGGUAGUAAUUGCGACUGAUGGCAAGCCAGUAAAGCCGUUACCUGCUAGAACUGUCAAAUUGUACCCAGGAGAGCGGAUGGACGUAGUAGUAAGAGCAUCGCAAGAGUCGGGCGGGUACUGGAUUAAGGUGAAUGCUGGUGGCGCGUGCGCAGGCGUCAGUGCAAACGCCAUGCUCCUAUACUCCGGUUUCAAUUAUACCUCCAUGUUGCAACAGGGAGUGAACGAAGUUGAUCAUGAAAAUGGUUUAGAUUCUGACUCGGCCGUCUACGGUCAAAUGUUGGAGUCUCUACAAGAGGUAUCACAAGAUGCCCCCCCUGAACCGGUUUAUUUGGGAAUUAACAGAAAAAAAUGGAACAUCAAAGAAAAAGACAUAGAUUUUAGAUACAUUAGCGAUGCUAUACCAAAGAAAGUAUAUUACCCGGCCUCUUUUGGCUUGAAAUCAAGUGGUGUGGUGCAAAUUAACGGCAAGAGUUUCUUGUAUCCAAACACACCAAUGCUGUUGUAUCCACAAGAUGUCAAGGGAGAUUUCAUCUGCAAAGUGGGCGAGGAGUCAGAAAACCCGGAACCUCAGUGUGUUAUGGUUCUUGAACCAAAAGAAAAUGUGUUGGAACUUGUAUUAGUCAACGAGGGCUUUGAGAGUAAUGAAUCGUAUACUUUCCACAUGCAUGGAUACACCAUGCAGGUGGUAUCGUCGGGACGACAUCCGCAGGGCAAGCCUAUGUCUAAAGAAGAGUUCGAAAAACUUAACCAGGGAGGAGCUGUAUUUAGGAAUCUCAAACAUGCGCCUCUCAAAGACACCAUUGUGGUGCCAAAGAAAGGUUACGCCGUCGUCAGGAUCAAGCCAGAUCAUGGCGGCAGCUGGCUGCUGGAGUGCAGGUCCUGUGGCCUUUCCUCUCUACCAGCAGCCAUCAUAAUCAACGUACCCCAGAAAAUGCCCAAAUCCGUAGUACGAUCGUUAGCCAAAUGUGGAAACUACAGGCCACCUGACGUGCUGUUAAAUUAAAAGUUGCAUGAAUUAUUGUCUAUAAUGUGCGUUAAAUAUACAUAGUAUGUUCUGCCUAUCCAUAGGUAAGGCCCCGUAAUGCUGUGCUCCAUCCAGCAAGGGGACAUUAUUAGGCUGUAGCUAGUAUAAAUAUCAUGCAUAUAGAAUAGCUUUGAAGUAACGACAAGUAAAUUUAUUUGUUUAAAAAAAAAUUAAUGAUGCUAGUAUACACCGUUAAUUUUUUUAUCACUGAAUAUUUUCCAAAAGCGUCUCCUCGUUAAUUCUAUUAUUGUGCGAUUAUGCAACCUGAACAAAUUUAUUUGUCAUAAAUUGAUUCAAAUAAUGUUUACUUUAAGGAUACUUAAAACGGACGUACAUUAAACUAAUACAUAAAUUCAUAGUAUGAUAUUUACAAACUUUCGCCGUUUUAGAAUAUUUUGUAAACGAUAUAAAUCUAUAUUUUUGUAUGGGGAUCCAGGUAGGUUUACUGUUUAUAGCCGUUCUUACUUUAUUUACACGAUAUUUAAGUUUCUCAGGUAAUUUGAAAUUCACGGUGUAUAAUGAAAUCUCGUAGUUAAAUCUUCCAUAACCUCUCAGGCGACCAUGCGCAUGCGCCCUUCACCCGUGCCUGCGCCCACCACCCUUAUGAGACCCCCCGCGGGGUGGGAACGAUUUCAUUAUUUUGCCAAUUAACAAAAAUCAGUAAUUCAACCACACGUCAAGUUAUCAAAAUCUCAUACUUACAACUUUCACCUUCUUAUAAGAUUCACAGACGACUGAGAUUAUUUGAUACUUGUACGACAGACAUAAUUAUUGUGUAAUAACAUUAGUAACAGAACUGUACUUACUGAGUAAGUACCCUAUGUGUUAAAAAGGGGUCGCACGAAAACGGUGAACCACAAUACUAGGGAUAACACCCUUAUGUUUAUAAAUGAUUUUUACUACUCAUAAUCACUAUCAUCAUCUCAUCAUCCGCCUACUAAUGUCCCCACUACUGGAGCACAGGACUUCUUUACGGAUGUGGUCCGUGACCCACAACCUGGGCCCAGGACGGAUUGGUGGGUGCUAACGAUUGCAGAUGCAGCCUCGACUAACGGCUUUAACGUGCGUUCGGAAGCACAGAGGAGCUCGAGAUAGUAAUAUUUUGGUCACCUAUCUAAUGACCGACCACUGCGAAAGUUGCUUAACUUCAACGGUCGCAGCCGAACGCGCUAACCGCGCGCCAUCGGGCUCCUCGUACUCAUAAUAUAUUUAGGAAAAUUUAAGGAUUUGAAAACAUGGUGAUAUCGACUGCAUAGUUUAGUUUGAGUUUCUAGGGCGAAAAUGAAAGUGAUAAGUAAAUUGUUAAUAUCUUAUACGCUGACUUCUCUAUCUCUUUUAUGAGGGAUAUAUGGGGAUAAUGUAAUUAUUUCAUAGAACUAUUGUAUAAGGAAAAUAGUAUGUUAAGGUUGUUUUUUUAGUUUUGGUGUACAUAAGUAUUAUUUUAACCUAUUUAUUUAUUUAUUUGUAAAAGAUAAGAUAAUUGCGGAUCCAAUAUUUUUUGUUCACAAUGUUUCAUUUAUUUCAAGAGGCCAACUUGAAAAUUCGAUGUUUUUUGACUGAACUAAAAUAAUCCUGAUAAAAAUAAUAAUAGGUCGCAGUUCUUAAAUCUUUUUUCUCUCAAUCCACACUUGAGACUAAAGUAACAGUAAUGUCAAUAGGUAUUAUUUAAAAAUAUUUUUGUGUACAAAAUAUUUAUUGAUUUCUCUUCGAUUGCAUUGUUCGAUUAAGUAGCAGUAGGAAAUAAAAAUAAAAACAAGAUGAAAUUAGUUUUGUAAGAUAACUAGACUUAAUAAAAAUAUUUGUGAAUUAAGCAAAUAAAAUAUGAC